AUGAAGAUCGGACUCUGCGCCUACAGCGGGUACAAAAUCUACCCAGGACAUGGCAAAACCAUGAUCAAAGCUGACGGAAAGACAUUCACUUUCCUCGAUUCAAAAUGCGAGCGCGCUCACUUAAUGAAGAGGAACCCCCGUAAAGUGACAUGGACGAUAUUGUACAGACGCAAGCAUCGCAAGGGUCAAGAAGAAGAAACGACCAAAAAGAAGACCAGGAGAACGCAAAAAUUCCAACGUGCUAUUGUCGGUGCUUCCCUCACUGAUAUUUUGGCCAAGAGGAACAUGAAACCUGAGAUGAGGAAAGCUCAACGAGAUAUUGCCAUCAAGGUGGCUAAGGACCAAAAGAAGGCUGCUAGAGCAGCUAAGAAGCCUCCUCCACCACCUCCAUCAAAAACGAAGAAACAACCCAAGAAAGUGCAAACAAAAUCUGUACAACAAAAGGCUGCUCCUCGUGUUGGUGGAAAACGAUAG